AUGUUACUUGAAAACAUUAAAGUAAUUAGUAUUGAUUUUUAUAGGUUGUCAUUCGAAUAAAGCCUAUUAACCACCGAGAUCUAGAGAUUUAAGAAAAAUGCACUCUAAAGGUUUUAGAUCAAGAGACUUUAGCAGUAAUCGCUCCAGUAGAGGAGGAUGUUAAGUAGAGCAAAAGGACCUAUAAGUUCAAUUGGAUUUUUGACUAAGUAGCUUCUCAAAAGGAUAUAUUUGAGAAGACUUUUGAGUAUUAGGUACUUUCUUUGUUGGAUGGAAUAAAUGUUACGCUCUUUAGUUAUGGGGCAUCUGGAACAGGAAAAACUCAUACGUAAAUAUUUCCAAUAUUUUAAGACUAAUGAAAUUGAAUGAAGAUUAUGGAUUAUUAAUACGAGCUCUUAAUUAACUAUAUUAAACGAUUCACAACAAAAAAAGGAAAGUCUAGAUGAAAUUUUCAUAUUUAGAAUUGUAAUAAGAGUAACUCUACGAUUUACUAAACAAUAUGAAUAGCAAUCUCGACAUUAGAGAUGAUGUAGAGAAAGGAAUAGUCAUAAGUGGAAUGAGAGAAAUUGAUGUUGCCAGCACCUAAGAAGUGAUCAAUUUAAUCUAGUAUGGAAAAAGACAAAAAUCAACCAAGUAACACGAAAUCCUAAUUUUUACAAACUACAUUCAAGAUAUUGUGGGUUCAAAUAAUGAAAUCACAGUUUCGAAAUUUAUAAUUGCUGAUCUAGCUGGAUUUGAGAAAGGUGGACAAAAGUCUGCGUCCUUAUAAGUUCUCAAUGACUGUAUAUCCUUACUAAGUGAAGCUCAGAGCAAAAGUAUUCAGCCAUUCAUCCCAUAUCGAAACAGCAAGUUGACUAAAAUACUCAAAGACUCUUUUUGUGGAAAUUCAAAAACUCUGAUUAUUGGCUGUGUCUCUCCGUAGGUAACGAAUUAUGAAGAGACCAUCCAAACACUUGAAUAUUGUUCAAUGGCUGCAGGGAUAUUUAAUUAAGGUACCAUCAAGAAUCUACAAUAAAGUAAUCAUUAGGAAGAUUUUAAAUCAAUCUAUGAUUAAUUAAAAAACGAAAACGUAGAAUUAAAGAAAUAGUUAAAUCAUAAACCCAAUUAAAAAACUACUAUUAAUAAUAAUGAAAAAGAACAAACCAAACUAUAUGAAGAAAAUAUAAUUGAGCAUUUUAAUAAUGAACAAGACAUUAAUUAAUCUAUUUUUAAGUACUAAUGGGAAAUUGAGUAGAUUAAAUUUACAGUCAAUGAAAGUUAAGAAAAUCUACAACGAAUCGAUGGAAUAGACAGAAAUGCAGCAGAUUCCUUAAGAUAUCAGAUUGAAUAAGAUCAGAAAUAAGUACAUAAUUAUUAAGAACAAUUGAUCAAGUUUUAAAUGCAAGCAAGCAAUUUUCCCAUCCAAAGAAGAGCAUUAGAAGAAGUAAUAUUAUUUAAUUAAAUUUAGAAUGUCAAUUAAAGUAAUUUAUCUAAUUCUUAUAAAUUAUACUUAACUAAUCUAAUUGAAAAACAUAUUCUAAGAUUGGAAGUGUAUGAAAUCAAACUGAAAGAAUAAAUAAAUGAAUUGCAUAGGUAAUAGCAUGAAAGGAUCAUGGCUAUUCAAAGGAGCUAAAUUAGUUUAAGGGAUAGAAUUAUUGCAGAUCAAAGAAAACACAUCAUUUAACAUGGCAAAAAUCAAUCAGUACAGCAUUAUUCCCAAAUCGACACAACAACCGAAGUGAUUGAUGGAACAAAGGCAAAACUAAAGCAUUAUCCAUUGCCCAAAAUUAAAGGUAAUAUAAGCAAUUCUAAUCUAGAUCAUUAUUUCAAUAGAGAAGCAUAUUUGUAAAGAAGAGAAUCUCCAAAGUCGAUCUUCAGUCCAAGACUUCAAGCACCUCUACAAUUGAAGGAAGUAAAACCUUACGUUCCUAAAACACCUCGUUCAAAAAUAUUAGAUACUCUCUCCACUCCUAUCCUACCAAAACCAAAUGCAUUGGCAAAAGCCCCUCCUUAGAAAAUAAUUGACUCUAAAUCUAUGGUAGCUUUACCAUUAAUAACAACCAAUAGAAAUUUAUCUAAAUUUGUUUAUGACUGGAGAGGAGGGGGGUAUAAAUUUAUUGAUGAACAAAAAAAAAUACCAUCAUAAAGAGAACUUAAAUAGAUUAUUUUAUCCAAAUAACAUACUUAGUAAAGUCUUGAAAAAUCAUUUUUCACCACUUCUAGUCGAAGUAUAUAGUUAUUAAAUUAUGAGGUACUUCUGCCAAAAGAGUUUCUUUUAAACAAAGUAUUCUACUACCUGGAAAGGUACAUGAAUCUCCUUACGUAAAGGAAUUUAUUAAUAAAGAAACUUAAAGAAAGAUGAAACUAAAAUAAUUGAAUUAAAAAAUGAUGAAAGCAACUUAAAAAAAAUGA